AUGUGGAUUGUUCAGUGGUUCUACGAUGUCCUCUCGUCGCUUGGCUUGAUGAACAAGCAUGCUAAGCUGUUGUUCCUUGGCCUCGACAAUGCCGGAAAGACGACUCUAUUACAUAUGUUGAAGAAUGACCGAGUUGCCAUCCUACAGCCCACCCUACAUCCCACAUCCGAAGAGCUUGCGAUUGGAAACGUGCGCUUCACUACCUUCGAUCUAGGUGGUCACCAGCAAGCCCGUCGGUUGUGGAAGGACUACUUCCCGGAAGUCAACGGAAUUGUCUUCCUAGUCGACGCCAUGGACCACGAGCGUCUACCCGAGUCUAAGGCCGAACUUGACGCCCUUCUGUCAAUGGAGGAGCUCGCUAAGGUCCCUUUUGUCAUCCUCGGAAACAAGAUCGACCACCCGAAUGCCGUGUCCGAGGAUCAGCUCCGCCACGAACUGGGCUUGUAUCAGACGACUGGAAAGGGCAAGGUCCCAUUGGAGGGAAUCCGGCCCAUUGAGGUCUUCAUGUGCUCCGUGGUGAUGAGACAAGGAUACGGUGAGGGUAUAAGAUGGCUUUCUCAGUACGUCUAG